GCCGGGGAACAGCAUCUUCAAUAACAAUAAGCCAGCUUUAACAACAACAACAACGGGGCAAGCAAAGUAAGAGCAAUGCGGACACACCUUCAGUAUGAACGUCACAGAAGCGCGAUUGUCUUAUCAGCUCUAUUGUUGCUGACUUUGAGCGCGGCCACACCGGGAGGACAGCCAACAAGUUUCGAGCAGCUGUUCUCAAUGGAUCCAAACAAUGCGACCUUCACUACACUUUGCGAUGAUGCGCUUCUGCGGAAUGUGGCGCAACAGGUUACUCAACUUAAGGCUUCAAGUGAGAACGUCCACUUACUGUUGGACACUUAUAAUUUGAGAUUGGAUUACAUUAAACAUUUGUUGGAUGAACGUUUGCCGGCGGUCAAGUCAUCACCUCAAUGGAUUGAUGUGCGCGUACAUGGCGAGGAACAGGGUGGCGCACCCACUCUGUCCACGCAAUCCUCCGCUGGUGGUAUAAAUUUACCAGGCAUCAAUACUCAGGCCUCUGCAAGUGGCGGAAACUUGCCUGCGCCCAGCAGCUCGCAAUCCUCUGCAGGCGGCGCAAAUAUUUUGCCAACUGUUGCCGAAUCAUCCUCGGCUGGUGGUACAAAUCAACUGGCUAACAACAAUACAACACCUGCAGCCAAUGCGCAGGCAUCCUGUGCACCGGCCUUAUACAGCGCUCCUUGUCUCUAUCCCAGUUCAAAUUUACCGAGUACAUGUGAAGAAGCGUUGACACGUGCGGGCGCUAACGCCAAGAGCGGCAUUUAUCAACUGUAUCUACCCGAUUCGGGUUUGAAGUUAUUCUAUGUCUACUGUCUGCAGGACGCAAAUGGUGGUCCAGCUUGGACUGUGGUGCAGCGCCGCCAAGACGGUUCCAUUACCUUCAAUCGCGAUUGGCAUGAAUAUCAAGCAGGAUUUGGAAAUUUGUAUGGCGAGUUCUUUAUCGGCCUGGAGCGUUUACAUGGAUUGACACAUGCGCGCCUCAAUGAAUUGUGGGUGCAGAUGGAGGAUUUUGAGAAUGUGACGCGUUACGCACGCUAUGAGAAUUUCGCUAUCGGCGAUGAGCAUGAAUUGUAUGCAUUAAAUGUGUUGGGCAAAUUUGAGGGCAACGCUGGUGACUCUUUGCGUUCCAGUCAAGCACAAAAAUUUAGCACCAAAGAUGCUGAUCAUGAUAUGUGGGAUCGCAAUUGCGCAGCCGAGUAUACUGGGGCAUGGUGGUAUAAGGCGUGCCAUGAUAGCAAUUUAAAUGGUCAGUAUUUACGUGGAAAAUAUAGUAAGGACAAGUAUGGCAAAGGCAUUGAUUGGACUCACUGGCAUGGUCAUGAAUACUCGUUGAAAUAUGUGCACAUGGCUAUAAGGCCAGUACCAUGAAAGAUGAAAGCCUGAAAAGAAAAUCAAAGUAAUACUCGUAAUUGUUGAACGGCAUAAAUAUACACUUACAUAUACUCGUCAAUUUCUUAAUUCAAAUACAAUGAAAGACUUACUUAUACAAACAAAAAAGGAAUAUUAGAAACACAAAAAUAUUUUUUAUUUUUCAAUAAAUGCAUUUAUACGAAUAUUAUUACUUUUAAAAA